CAGUAGUAUUAUAUUCGAAAUUUACUGAUUUUGUCCCAAAUAUCCAUAGGUCCCUUCCAUUUGUAUUCUGGCUUCUGGAUAAGAGUGAAAAAAUCACUCUGAGGAAUUAGCGUCGGAAAAAAAAUAUGGCGACCGUCUCAGCAUUUUCCGUUUGCAGAGCUAAAUCUCAUUCUCAAAUUCCCCAUUCUUCAUCUAAUGCAGUUCCCCAGCUUUUCCCAAUUCAAUUCCUUCGGUUUCAAAGUAACAGUGGCAUUUGCGGUGGUUAUUCUUGCACUCCAAGUUCGGUGAAAGCGAAGGUACCAUUGAGAACUACUAGGAUAUGUUCUGCAAAUGAGGAAGAUGGUGCUACUGCUGUUGCCGAAGAAGAAUCUGCUGCUCCCACUACAUCUGAUCAGACUGUUUCUGUUUCCGUCUCCCCUUCCGACGUCCUCACUAUGUUCUUUCAGGCAGAAGGAACAAUGAAUGAAGCUGCUAUUCCUUCUGUGACUAACGCUUUAGAGGAUAUUGAAGGCAUUACAGGUCUCAAAAUUCAAGUUGUCGAGGGCAUUGCAAGUGUCGAGUUAACAAAGCAAACGACAAUACAAGCUACAGGGGUGGCUUCCAGUUUGGUUGAAACAAUACAAGGUUCAGGCUUCAAGUUGCAAACAUUGAAUCUGAGCUUUCAGGAUGAAGAAGAUAUUAGCUAAGGGGUGGAUUAUAGAGUUCAGAGACCUGAUGAUAUCUUUCACGAGCAUCUUAAGAUGUCUCUAUUUCCCUACUUGGAUGCCAGUAGUUCAGUAAGCCUAUAUCUGUAACAUUUUUGUAUUAUGCAGUUCUUCGAUCUAUUUUCCCCUAGCAGAUGUUCCUUCCCACAACGUAUAAAACAUUUGUGAAUUACUAAUGAGCAGCAGAAACAAUUUGUUUAUUUGAAACAAGUGGUAUACAAAGGGAAAGGUACUUUUUAUGA